GCGCCGCCUUUAUUAUUAUAUUAUUAUUAUGAUCGGUGCUGGACCAUCGCAGACCAGACGGACAACCGUUUUCUCUGACUUCAACCACCUGCACCACGACGCUCGAACAACUUCUCUGCCUUGUCUCUCGUCUCUCCCCAUCUCUAUGCUCCAGGACUGCUCUCCUGUCCUCCCUCCCUCCUCGUCUCUAUCACGGCUUUAUCAUACCUCGUGGAAGCAUUGUUAGCCCUGUCCCCGUCAACCUAAACAUAUCACCUCUCUUAUCACUACCAAAAUAAAAAAAGGAAAAAGAAAAAGAAAAAGAAAAAGAACCCAUUGAGGAUCAUGCCCCUCUGACACACGAGUGCUCAUCCUAUUCUUCCCUUCUCCCCUUUUUGCCACGGGCUGUAUAUUCUUUCUCCGUUGUCAUUCUCUUGCUCAAUUGUAUCAUUUUUUGCGACUCUGAAGCCGUGGACAUACGAGCACCAUUUUUAAUUCAAGAAAACAACCUUUGUCUUCCCCCAAGCCUCCCAAUCGGCUCCUAAGAUGCCUUGUAUGACGGGAUCCUAUGGUCAGGUGAUUGAGUAUAUCCAAGACCGGCUGUAUCUCGCAUCCUAUACCCGCCAACCAAGCGAAUACGCCCCUUUCCCGUACCCUAAGCAACCAAAGUCUCCAAGCAAGAGGUCUUCUAGGGUUCAUGGAGGAUCUUCCGUCUCCGGCCCCAAGAACCCCCCCGUAUAUUUCACGGUUGAUGACAAGCUUCUUUACAACGCCUUUCAUGCCGAUUUUGGCCCGCUGCACAUCGGUCACCUGUACCGUUUUGCUGUCUACUUCCAUGAGAUAUUAGGUGACCCCGCAAAUAACGAUCGGCCAGUGGUCUUCUGGAGCAAGCCUGAUUCUAGGAGCCGCGCCAAUGCCGCUUGCUUAGUUGCAUGCUAUAUGGUCCUGAUACAAUCCUGGCCGCCUCAUUUGGCUCUGGCACCCAUUGCACAGGCAGACCCCCCGUAUAUGCCUUUUAGAGACGCGGGAUAUAGUCAGGCAGAUUUUGGCUUGACAAUUCAGGAUGUGGUGUAUGGGGUGUGGAAGGCGAAGGAGGAAGGGCUUUGCGGGCUGAAGGAUUUUAGUCUGGAAGAGUAUGAAAAAUUCGAGCGGGUGGACAUGGGAGACUUCAACUGGAUUACUCCAGACUUCCUCGCAUUUGCAUCCCCACAACAUCAGCCGAUUGCCCCAAUCCCGCAAAACACACCGGAAUUUGCGGCCUUGCCUUCAACCAUAACCGAAGUGCUUGUUUCUGAUCUACCCGAACCUUUCAAGAAUAUCCUCUCUCACUUUUCGUCUCGGAAUAUCGGCCUGGUCGUUAGAUUAAAUUCAGAGCUAUAUAGCCCGUCGAAUUUCACCGCGAUGGGGAUUAGCCAUAUUGAUAUGAUUUUUGAGGAUGGGACUUGUCCGCCCCUCACUCUGGUCCGACGGUUCAUCAAGAUCGCUCAUGACAUGAUCCAUAAGAAAAAAGGAAUAGCGGUGCAUUGUAAGGCGGGGUUGGGUCGCACAGGCUGUCUGAUUGGGGCAUAUCUGAUUUAUCGCCAUGGUUUCACAGCCAAUGAGGUUAUUGCUUUCAUGCGGUUCAUGAGACCAGGAAUGGUCGUCGGACCUCAACAACAUUGGCUUCACCUGAACCAAGGCAGUUUCCGGGAAUGGUGGUUUGAGGACUGCUUCAAGGAGAAACUAGCCCUGGCAAACCCAACAACACCCGGCAGGGCUUCACAAAAACAACAGCGCAUAGUAAGCAGCAAUGGGCAAACAGCCACCCCACCCAAUCCUAGCCACCCAAAACGACAUGCUCUGGGUGAGAUUGAUAACAAUGAAGCGUCUGGCUACGCUGAUGAUACCCUUCCUGCUCCCACGCCGGGACAACCACGCAAAUCACACCGGAAAGAAAGGCACCACCCUUAUGCACGUGCUGUAUCUACAGGAUUAGGAAACGAGGCGGGAGUGGAGGCAAGUGCUUCAAAGAAUGGACCAAAGAGGGAGGGUAGCCUCCGUAAAUUGGUGGAACAUAAUAGUAAUAGCGAGAGCGAGGAGGAACUUCAACUGCAGAUGCUUGCCAGACGGGCCUCGUCGCGAACACCGGUAUCACCAUCCCAGCAGCGGUCAACGAGCCAUUCCGCUACUGUGAGUCUGAGUAUCCAUGAAGACGUGGAGAACUAUGCGGACGGCGCGGUUGUCUCGAGCCAGCCGAAGAGCUCGCCUGUUGCUAAGAGUGGGAGCGGGAUAUUGGGCGUAGGCAAGGUUCGCGGCAGCCCGCGGCGGGGACUAGAUGGCAAGACAGCGGAUAAGGGGGUGCGAAAGCAUAGUGGGCGGAUUGGGAGCGCGGGGACAGCGACUAGGUUGAAAUAAUGAUGUGGGAUAUGCAUGUGCUGGGAUAUUAUAUACGCUUGCCUUUGGGAUCACUCUAUAUUCGGACCUGCCCGUCGCUACAUCGAUGGCCACCCACCAACCAGCCAACUCUACUUCUAAACUUACCUGUCCGUUAUUUGUACAGAUCACAGCUUGCAAUUCCCGUUUUUGAGCUCUUCUUUUUUUUUUUUUUUAACGGCUGCAACUAACUGAACUGCAUUUGUGGCUUUGCUGGCAAGGCGUUGUUGUUUGGAGUUUUAUGAUUUUACCCCUUUUCCUGUUGUGUUGAAUGUUGCCUGGGUUCGGUUGCUGUUGUUGCCUUGUUUAUUAAACUUUUUUUUUUUUCUUUUUCAUAUAUAUAAAUAACGAAGAGGAUUCUUCAUGGAUUUGAUUGAUUGGUUGAUUGAUUGAUGGAUUUGUUUUUUAAUAGUGAUGAUAUUAUUUUAUGGCGAUGAUGAUAUAUUAGUUGUUGUGGUUUCCGGUAGCCAUGCUGUUGGGGGGGAGAUACCGAUGUUUGUUUGUUCGAAUGGCUAAGGGGAACGGGUAUUUGCUUGACGAUAAUGACUUAAUUUCUCCUUGUGAAAGUUUUUCGUGAUCUUUAUUUUAGGUUAUAAUCGUCCUGUGUUAAAAACGUGAGACAAGCUAGAGAAGAAGAGUAGGAGAAAGGCUAGGUGUUUGAAGUGGUGGCGAUUAAUGUACACGUACUUGUACUUGUACUGUAUGGGCUGAUUGAUGGUGGCUUCUUUCUACGGCUUCUGAUUUUUCUGUCUUAUUUUCCUCUCUCUCUUUUUUUCUCCUUCGUUUCUGAAAGCGUUGCUGCUCAUUCUUAGAUAUAAAGUUGACGCUUGGCGCUUAGUGGGGCGGGACAAGGCGGCUAGUAAAAUGCCAAGACGGGAAUCUCCACUUCGGCUGGCGCUAAUUUGUUUACCGAGAAGGGAUUCGGGAAAGAUCCAUGGAUGGAUGCUCAAAGGUUUGAAGAUAUACAUGACAUGGAAAGGAAAUGAUUCCUCUAUGGUGAUGUUCUUGAAGCGGAUGCAUAUUUUCCCCUGAAAACAGAUUCUUUGCUUGAUGGUACACGCUGUAAAAGAUAUUUUUCUAUGAGUUUGAUAUCCAAUCGACAAAUCAGCAGUAGUCCCAGCCCAAAAAUUCAAAAAUUCAAACUCCACACUUGGAACCGCUCCAUUCAUUCCGGAUAUGUAUGUGCCUGCGGCCGCAUUCACCCAUUCAAAUCCAUAGCCGUCUUCGCCCGCUUCCAAUAAUCCCUUCUCUGGUCGGUAACCUCCGUCCAUACACAUCUCGUCAAAUAUUUCUCCCACCCUUCCUGGGAACCAGACUGCAGCCCUUUCCGCACUUCCGGUGAGCAUUGGUUGACCAUAAACCAUGCUGCGGACCCAAAGUCGUGGUCAUCGCUUUUGAGGAGGAGGUUCAGGACUGCGUCCUUGUCGCCCUUGACCUUUGCUAGCUCAUCCUUGAUCUCGUCGAGGGAUUCGGCGUAUUUGGCGUUGUUCUCGGCAACUUGCAUGUUUCGUGCUGGGUUUCUGACGUUAGCUGGCUAUUUUCAUGCUUCUCUCUUUACUUCCUUGAUUGGCUACUAUGCUUUGUCGCGGAGAAUGGGAUACACAAAAGGGGGAAGGUCGGAUAUGGAAAAAUGAAGAGUAAAACAUACUUCCCUGCCCCGCCGUCACGGGGAAAUGACUUCUCCUAUAUGCAAACUCUGCCGUUUCAUACGCCAUCAAACUUAGCAGCGCUGCCUUCUCGGCUGCGGAUUCGAUCUUGUACCUCUUGAAGGAAUUCAGAAUAGGUCCCACCGCUUGCGCUGCGCUGCGACAUUCACCCGAGGCAUCCUUGAGGUCGACGCAAGGCUCCCGGGCGGACCUGGGUGCGAUGAUCUUUAGUAUUUCGAUCAUCACAUUUUUGUCGGCGCCGUUGUCGGUUUUGGGGGUGUCUGCUUGUUGGUCAGCUGGUGGGUCGUCGAAGCAGUCAGCAUGGGCGGUUAUGAGGUGGAGCGAGAGCAGGAGGGUGGUUGAGAGAAGAUUUAGAUGCAUGAUUGAGUAGCGUUUGGUUUGUUUUUGUUUUUCUUUCUUAUCGUGUUUUCGUGGCAAGAUUGUUGAGUUUCUUCUCAAAUGUGUAACUGGCAGGACCUCAUGUAAAUGUGGAGUUUUUAUGAAGUAGAGAUUUAUGGAUAUAUGGCUAAUGAAAAUCUUUUCCCCUGAUAGAACUUGGGGAAAGUGAAAGGCAUUUAUAUAUCCCUAGAUGUGUUUUAUAUAAAGGGUGACGUGAAGCGUGGCUGUCGUCGUCGACGCUCUUCUCUUGAAGUUGAACAUGUUCUAUCGAGCGGACAAAGCAUUCACUGAAAGUCGCCAUCUCUUGAAGAAAUCCGCUGAAUUUCCACGGAGAGGAGAGCUGCUGAAUGAUGUGAGUAACGAGUGUUUCAAACUGCCUAUACCAGUCGCGAGUGAUCGGUCUAAAACGAUUCAACCCGGUGAAGCCAUGCAAGGGAUAUUCCCUAGCUAUCGUGUUGCUUGCUUAUUUUCGAGUUUUGCCUUUCGGUAGCUGGCAAUAAGGACUGUAUGUUGUUCUUUGACCUUUUAUCCCAUGUCGCCUUUGUUUCGGAAAUAUUCUCUUUGCCAUUAAGUCACUUGGUAGC